CUCUUAUCCUCAAACUGUGGGGCAUACCAUACCAAAUUCUUAGCACACAUUUGUGAAAUUGAGAGUAAAGCAGAGUAAGAAAAUGUCUCGUUCUGCACUUGAUGCAGUGAUGACAGCAAGAGUCAUAGGAGAUGUGGUGGAUAUGUUCGAGCCAUCAGACAUAAACUUCACUGUGAAGUACACCUCCAAGCAGGUUAAAAAUGGUUGCGAGUUCAAACCCUCCGCCGUCGCACUCAGACCCCGAGUCGACAUUGGAAGAGAUAGCCAGGACUUGCGAACUUUUUAUACUCUUAUCAUGACGGAUCCAGAUGCUCCCAAUCCAAGUGACCCAACACUUCGUGAAUAUCUUCACUGGAUGGUAGUGGACAUUCCUGCUACAACCUCAGCUUCCAUGGGGAUAGAGCUAAUGAGCUAUGAGCCGCCCCGGCCGACGAUAGGAAUACACAGAUUUGUGUUCGUGCUGUUCAAGCAGGUGGGGAGGCAGACCGUCACUCCGCCUGGGUCGCGCAAUAACUUUAAUACCCGAGCCUUCGCUCAGCGUAACUCCCUCGGCCAUCCUCUGGCAGUCGUUUACUUCAAUGCUCAGAAGGAAACAGCAGCACGAAGACGCUAAUUUUUACAUGUUUAUACAAUCAUAUGGAUUUGGAUGUUCUAGGAUUAUGUUUUAUGCUCUCUGUUUUUUUUCAUGCCAAGUUCAGUAAAAUGAGCUAUUUUUGGCAAAUUUUCAGAGUCUAUAAUGUUAGUAUGAAUGUUUCUAGGAUUAGAUUAUAAAUGUUUGGGAUCAUACUCCAUGAUCUAUUAUCAUGAAUGUUUCUAGGAUUAGAUUAUAAAUGUUUGGGAUCAUACUCCAUGAUCUAUUAUCACACUUUGUCUUGACUCUUUUGUUAUUGAUAAACUUCAAUGAAUU